ACCUAUAUUUGUGUUCUGGGACAUAACCUAUAUUUCAACCCAGAAAACCUUAUAUUCACAAAAAUGUUAAAAAACCCCUUAAAAACUCAAAUUUUCACUUUCAUCUAUAGAAACUACUCGAACCGAAACAUUUUAAAGCUCAAAGAACGUGGCAUGUUGGAGGAUAUAUUCCCUGAUAACGCAGCUAAUUCCGUUACUGACCUCCUAAAUGCGUCCUCUCAAACAGUUUAUGCGGGUUUCGACCCUACCGCUAGCAGUUUACAUGUGGGAAACUUGCUCGUUUUAGUCAACUUGAUCCAUUGGCAAAGGGGCGGACAUCAACCCAUUGCUCUAGUAGGAGGAGCCACGGGUAAGAUAGGGGACCCCAGUGGAAGAAGUACCGAAAGGGAUGAAAUGAAACGAGCUAUUAUUGAUGAAAAUGUUAAAGGAAUUAGGAAAAAUAUUGAGACAGUGUUUGAAAACCAUCAAAAGUACCUCUGGAAGGAACGAGAUAGUUUGAAACCAGUCAGGAUUGUAAACAAUGAGGAGUGGUAUUCACAAAUCUCAGCGGUAGAUCUCAUAAGCCAAGUAGGCAGGUAUCUUAGGAUGGGAACUCUACUUUCGAGACAUAGUGUACAGUCACGGCUAAAAUCCCCGCAAGGGAUGAGCUUUACAGAGUUCAGUUAUCAGCUGUUUCAAGCAUAUGAUUGGAUGUAUUUAUUUAAACAUUAUAAUUGUACAUUUCAAAUAGGUGGCAAUGAUCAAAUGGGAAAUAUUAUGUCCGGACAUGAGCUGAUUAGUAAAGCUUAUGACAAACCUGUUUACGGGCUGACUGUACCGCUAGUAACCACAGAAAUGGGUGAUAAGUUUGGUAAGUCGGCGGGUAAUGCGGUGUGGCUUACCGCAGAUAAAACAUCCCCCUUCUCACUUUAUCAAUUCUGGAUCAGACAGCCCGACUCGGAAAUAGAAAAAAUGCUGAAACUUUUCACUUUCGAGAGUGUGGGAGCUAUUUCUGAUCUGAUGAGGAGGCACAGUGAGAGUCCCGAGUCGAGGAUACCACAUACAGUUUUAGCUGAACAAGUUACUCUUUUAGUUCAUGGCCCCGAGGGGCUUAAAAAAGCCCAAAAAGCUUCCGAGGUUUUAUAUAAAGGCAACAUGAAAGCUUUAGGUUAUAUGGACAUUAGUGAUAUAGUGAACUUAUUCGAAGGUGCCACAGUAGUUGAAAUAUUACCGGAAGCUGGACAAAGUGUAUUGGAUGUUUCGUUGAAAGCUGGAUGUUUUGCUACAGAAGCUGAUGCAAUAAGGAUAAUAUCAGCAGGAGGUUUUAAAAUUAACCAACAAAAAGUGAGGAAUCCCAGUGAAAUUAUUAAUGCAAACGCUCAUAUUUUAGAAAAUAAAAUAUCUGUCCUUAGGGUAGGCAAAAGACAUUAUUAUAUUGUUAAAUGGAUGUUUUGAGGAAGGUUAUUGUAAAUAAAAAUUUGUUUUUUUUUAA